UUCGCCAAGUAAGCUCUAGCAGGAGCGAGUCGAAGGGAAGCGCUGCAUUCACUGAGCAUGGAAGCAGUACACGGUGACAGGGGUCUGUGGACAUGGCUAUGGACGUUAGGAGCUACAUGUGCUGUUGGCUUGAGCGGGAUUUUGCCGCUCUUUGUGAUAUCGCCUGAGAUGGGACUGCGCCUGAAAGCCGAUGGCGACACAGGGGGAUCGUUGAGAAUAUUCCUAGGCUUUGCUGUUGGCGGACUCUUGGGAGACGUUUUCCUGCAUUUGCUGCCCGAAGCUUUCGAAGCCAUAAAAAAUAAUGGAAACCACGAUAAUGACUCUGCUCUACGGAUUUGCGGGAUGUGGACCCUGGUGGGGAUCUUCACGUUCGUGCUCGUCGAGAUUCUGGUUUCUGCUCACCAACGGAUGGAGGAGCGAAUCCAGUACAGCAGAGUCAAGAAGGAUCAGAAGGAGAACGGCACGAAAGAAAAAAACACAGAUCUCAUCCACAUUUCCGGGUACCUUAAUCUGGUUGCAAACGCCAUCGAUAAUUUUAGUCACGGACUCGCCGUCGCGGGAAGUUUCAUAGCCGGUCCGCAGGUCGGUCUCGUCACAACAUUCGCGAUCCUUCUACAUGAGAUCCCGCAUGAAAUCGGAGACUUCGCCAUUCUGCUCAAAUCGGGAUUCUCGAGAUGGCAGGCAGCGAAAGCUCAGCUAAGUACAGCAUCGAUUGGGAUGAUAGGUGCCAUCACUGCUCUGUCUGUUGAGCGUCUGGAAACUCUUGGUCGGUGCACGACGUGGAUAUUGCCAUUCACUGCCGGCGGGUUCUUGAACAUCGCGCUGAUCGGAGUGCUCCCGGAGCUGUUGAAGGAGGAUCAGCCAAAAGAAUCUGUCAAACAAUUCCUAAGUGUUUUCCUCGGAAUCAUGAUGAUGGCGGGCGUCCAAUACAUCACCCACUAAUAUUCGCGAGCGCAUCAGCAUUGGAAGUUUUAGGAGGAAUCGAGAAACCUUUGCCCAGACUCACCCGUGAAGAACACCGAGGUCGACGAUAAACUCACCGCUCCUAGGUGCUGGAGAGCCUUCAAGAUACUCUGCCCAUAUGUUCAAGAUUUUCUCUCGUCAAAUCAUCGCUUUGGGGACCGCUCAUGUGGCGGUCCUCGCUUCCGACGAAAAGCAUAUGCAACGAUAGCUCAGGCGAGCGGGCCCAAUGAACUGGAUCGUCUCUCGGAUCACUAGAAGUAUUUAGUACUCGAUAUUGUUGUGUAGAAAGCUGUACAUACCUUCCAGAGUGAAUUGACGAAUAUUUAUUUUCC